UAGCUAGCAUUAGCUGACUGUAGCUCGGGGUUGUUUUUGACUGCAUACUUCGUUAUUUGGUCGGAUAACGUUGUAUUAACGAGUUCUUGCGGAUAGAGCAUCUGUAAUUAGGUAUAUUCUUGGCAUCAAGCUGAAGACACCGUAGAUUUUACGGCUACAUUGGUUUACUUUGCGCAUUAGCUAACAAGGUAAUAUGAAUGACAACAGACAGACAUCAACUAACCUAGCAGAUAUCAACCGUGCUAUUGAACUGCUUGACAAGCUCCAGAGGACGGGAGAAGUUCCUCCCCAGAAGCUGCAGGCGCUGCAGAGGGUCUUACAGAGUGAAUUCUGUAAUGCUGUGAGAGAAGUUUAUGAACAUGUGUAUGAAACCGUGGACAUCAACAGCAGUCCUGAGGUCAGGGCCAAUGCCACAGCCAAGGCUACAGUGGCGGCUUUUGCAGCAAGUGAGGGACACUCGCACCCUCGUGUUGUGGAGCUGCCCAAGACAGAGGAAGGCUUGGGUUUCAAUAUCAUGGGAGGAAAGGAGCAAAACUCACCUAUUUACAUCUCGCGAAUCAUCCCUGGAGGCAUCGCUGACCGACAUGGAGGCCUGAAGAGAGGCGACCAGCUCCUCUCUGUUAAUGGGGUGAGUGUGGAAGGUGAGCACCAUGAGAAAGCUGUGGAACUCCUCAAAGCAGCUCAGGGCACCGUGAAGCUGGUAGUAAGGUACACCCCCAAAGUCCUCGAGGAAAUGGAGUCACGCUUUGAGAAAAUGAGGUCAGCGAAGCGCCGGCAACAGAACAACUAUCCCCAGUAGGAUUUUUCCGUGUUGAUGCCCAGCUCCCAUGUCUCUCCUCCUCCUCCUCCUCUAGCCUUCUGGCCAUCUGUUCUGGUCUCUUUCUCAUCUCCCUGCCCAAAAAAAACAAAAAACUAACAACAACAUGACGAACAAACCUAAGUUUAGUUUUAGUUCCUCCUCACACAUACUGUUUGUUGUGCUUCUACUCUUUUCUGUAGCAUUUUCAAUAUUCACCAUUGUUACUGUACUAGACACUACAACUCUAGACGAACACUAGAAUGAUCAUGAUUGUCAGCGUGUGUCACACCGUGUGCAUUAUUUUUGAAUUGACAAGUUGAAUGCAACUUUGAGUACUUUUGAGACAAACUAUACAACUAACUCCUUUGACUGGAAAGGUAGUGUUUUUAAUUGUUUUAUCACAGCUACUACCAAGUGCCUCAGGGCAAACACUUUUAUCUUAUGUACUGUGUGCACCAUUCUUUUGUUUCUUUUUAACGGUUUCAAGUCAAAUACUGGUAAUUAAAUGCUUGUGGCAGGAAUUACUACAUGCUUUGCAGUCUGUUAGUCUCAAAGAUCAUUUGAUUCGAUAUAAAAACAUGGUGUUGAUAUGUCAAACCCGUUCACUGUCCAAACUUCAGAAGGUGCGGUUUUAUUUUUAUUGCCUCUCUACAGGCAUUGUCCAAAAUAGGGAAGCUUCGGAGGAGUUGAUGACAGGUUUUUUCCCCUCAAAAGAUAAGGUGUAUGUUUGAUAAUAAGUGAAACAACUGAAAGGCCGCUUCCAAACAACAGUGAUGGAUUAUCUUUAAGGUUUUUCUCUGGGUUCACCCUCUAAGAGUUCCAUCACCAUACAGCGCUAUAAAAAGCCCCGUAGCUACUGUACAUGAUGUAAUGAGGUCUCAGCAACUCAUGAACUAAAUUGCUGCCACCACAGACUCAUAUUUUACCUUGUAUCUAAUUAAUAAACCCUCUAAAGCAUAAACCCUGUAGUCAGCAUGACAUGAGAUGAGAGCUGUUCAGUUUCUGAUUAUCUUGUCGUGACAUAAAUCAAGAAUGUACUAUAUUUCACAUCUUUCUUUGCCAGCUACAGAGAAGUCAGUUACCUAACAUUUGUCUUUGAUCUCUGCUAAAAAAAAACUGCUUGCUAGUAUUGUUUGUGUCAUUGAAUGACAGUCAGAAUGAAACAAAAUUAGACCUUCAUAAUAUCAGGCAGUUUUAAUAUUGUCAGACAAGUCACACUAAUGCCUAAUGUGAACUUCUAAUAACUAGCUUCACUCUCCUAAUGAAUGAAAUGGAUAUUGAUCUUACACAUGCUGCAUAUGACUUUUAAACAUUCACCGUGACUUUGCACAGUGUUUAGUGUAUUGUGCUGUAAAUCUGUUGCAUUGGCAUAUCAUUCAUUUGUAUUUUUCCACCUGUUUUGAACAUUUUGUAACUCACACAACAGAAGUGUGUCUUAAAUGAAACAUUCACUUGAUUUGAUUUCUUUUUAUCCUACCAUCUUUUAAGGACUCGGGUUAAAAACAAAAGCAAACACAGGUGCUGGGAUAAGAUUUACUCAAACUGUACUGAAAUUUCAAUAACCAUAUGCUUUUGUGAUGCUUGUACCACAUUCAAAAACAUCAAUAAUUUAGAGCAAUAAUUUAAAACUUUGUUCAUGUAAUUGCAUUUUACAUUUUUCGCCGUUUACCAACGAGUCUUUGUGCCAUUAAAGUCAACAUUUUUUGGCACACAUGUACUCGUAUUUAAUAUACAAACUGCACAUCAAGUUAAAAUAAGAUGGAUAACACAAACAUUUUAUUACUGAAUACUGCCAAACAAUCAAGUGUGUUCUGAUAUGCAUUUUUAAGCAGGCUAAUAUCAAAACAGUCUCAAUAAUCUGCUACAUGCCGUAUACACAGACUCACAUUUGCAUAUAAAACACUUUCAUGUUUUAUAGAUCCAAAGUGUUUGCAUGUUUAGCUAUCGUACAGACAUUUGAGAAAACUCCUUAUGUUAUGCAUAAUUAAACUUAAAGAAAAAACUUUUCCUAACUGAGAAACACGAAUCUUACCCUUAGGCCUACAUACAACAUGUCAAUCAAACAAGUCUGGAAGUUGUGGUUGUCUUUAAAAUCACAACAUACGUGAGUAUUUAGAGACUUUUCUUGCUUGUGUUGUUGAUUUCAUGACAUUAGAACCCCCUCAUCAUCCAGCUGGUCAGUGUGUGGAGCAGCAAAGUAUCUCCAGAACAUGUUUCAUUUCAGAUAUUAUUUCACAAACGUUUAUUGUUUUCAUUGUUGAUGUAAUGUUCUGUGUAUAGUAUAAUGUAAACUAGGCUUUAGCUGACUAAGCCAUACUAUUGUCCAGUCUCAGGAUCAACACAUAAUUGAGACAAUAAGGUUCUAACAGUGAAGACAGUUGUGAUUUAUCUAAUUGAUGUAGAAACUAGAUGGUGGAUGAAGUGACAGAAACACAUGGCAGCCUCUGACAGCAGGAACACUUUGCCUUCAGUGUAGCUUCAGUCUCUUUUUAAGCGACGUCAUACGUGUCCUCAAGUGUUUGUCCUCUGAUGUUGAACCACUCUGAACCAGUGAAUUCCUUUUCAAACAAGUGGUAGUUGUAUGUUUUGUCAAAAUAAGUGACUAUCCAGUUGAGUGUGUCGCUUUUAUUUUGCAUAUUCUGCCAUGACAGUCACAAAAUAAUGCCUACUGAAAUAGCUGUACUGUUUUUGUGGCCAAGAAAUCUGAAAUUAGGUCGCUGAGUUUGUAUUUGCCUGCGUAGCUGCUUCCGUGACGUAGUUGCUCCACUGCUGUUAUCUUUGUUGUUUUUAUUUGGUGUUUGUGUGAUUUUAUCCACCAUCUCUUAACAUGCACCGAGGUUGACUGCUUCUGGCAUCAGUUUACUGUAAAUAGCUCAUUCAAAAGUAUCUAAAUACGUUGGUAAUUUAUUGGAUGAAAAAAUCUAAAAUGCUCUUGUAUGCUUUCAGUGAUUUAUCUUUUAAGGUGAAAUACACUUUGUUUAGACCAUUUGUCCUUAAAAACGAUUACCAGACAUCAUAAAAUGCACUGAAAUGCAUCACCAAGUGCUAGAAAAUAGACAUUAUCAGUGCUAAGUUCAAAAAGGUAUCAAUCGACAAUGAUGCAAUAAUAUCCACUUAAUAACUGGAACUAAGAUUGCGAAUUUCUAAAGUAAAAUCUGGAGCUUUUGUUUGUUUCAGUAUCUGCUUACGUCCAUUUUUAAUGUCAACUCAGAGUCUGCUGUUGCUGUGAAUGUUUAUGUGCAGGAUUAUCUUCCCUCCAGUCAGUGGAAGGUGACUUUUAUUGAAUUGUAUGUUACUUAAAUAACGCUUUAACUAUUGCAAUGAAAAAGGAUUAUACACGAUAAGCGCAAAGCCCAGUUGUAUUCAGUGGGUGUGCUCGCCGUAAUACAUUACUCCUCGUGAGAUAUGCUGAAUUUUGGGACAAAGUAUAAAAUACAACACACACACACACGUUACUGCAAAAGCUGAAUGCAAAUCAGUUAACUAUGCAAAGUCAUUUAAAACCUUGGGAAUAAUCUGUAUUGGUGCAAAAAUAGCUGUCAUUUUACUACAGAAUGUAAUUAAAAAUUAUAGUGUUGCGGCUGUAUGGACAAAUACUUAAUGUCUAUGACAUUUUUAACAUCGAACACAUUGGAGUUGCAUAUUGUUAUAAGACAAAGUUCCGGUAACACUGUCAUACCAAUCAGCAUCAAGAAAUUGCAGUGAAAAUCUACAUGUAAUAUUAACCUUGCUAUCGAAUUAAUGAUUGUCUGGAUGCUUGUAGAAGAGCAGGUGGCAAUGCUUUGUUUUAAGUCUCCAUAUUCAGCAUUUAUAAGCACUAUAUAACAGACUGUAAUGCAGUUGUAAGCAGAAAUAAGUGUUUCGCAAUGUCAGCACCUCCUUUUGAAAUGUGUACUUUACACAAGUUAAAGCUUAAAAUGCCCUUAUGACUCCUUACAACUACAUUAUAGCGUGUUGUUAAAUAUUUAUAUACUGCGUUAUGCUUUGAAAUUCUAAAUUGAAGGAUUUAAAGCAGUGCAUUGCUGAAUAGGCUCAUAUGGAGAUGUGGUUAGUAAUAGACCAAUCCAUAGGCUGCGCAGAGGAAGCUUUUGUUUUGAGGCAGAGAAUUUAGCAGAGAGUGUCGGGGUGUACAUAAAAGUCUUAAUAUAAUGUAUAGUUUGUGUUUUAUCCAACCUUAGCUGGCUAGAUUCACUUCUCCCACUUGCAUACAUGUGUAGUAAAUCAGGAAAAAAAUGUAAUGAGACUUGGUAUUGAUAUUGCACAGUCACACUCUCCACUGAAUGUCACUGACCAUUUUCUAAUUUAGUUGCAAACUUUUUGUGAGGUACCCUUCAACUUUCUAUCCGUUUUCCUUGUCUAUAUAUUGGAAUGGUCAAUAGAGUAUUUUUUAUAAUGGUUUUCUUUUGAUAUUUUUCUCAAUUUUUAUAAGUGAUUUUCCUAAAAACAAAUACCAGGAAUGAUUGGUACUUCCAUUUUGACUGUGUACCAGGGCCAUGUCAGCACAGCCUCUCUGAAAAGCGGUGCUGAUAUAGGAUGGAUUCGCCGUCCUGGCUCCUGUCAGCGCUUCUUUUCUGAGGGCUGGGCUGAUUUUUCUUUCCUUUCUAGGACCAAGACCAAACUUGCAACACUUGUGAAAAUUUUGAUAAUGUUUUAAAAUGUUUUAGCCAGUGCUUAUUUAAGAUUAAUGCCUGUAGACUGUGUUGUGUUAUUUUGUGUUCUCUGGUUUCUUAUCUAAUUUUACUGUUACAUUGAUGUGGAAUGUAAAAUGUUGUGACGUAGAACAUAAUAAUAGUUGGACUGGAAGCUUAAUAAACCGUGCUUACAUUUAUGAAUUUUAAA